AUGGGACCGCUCCGAGGCAGCUACCGCAGGCUCCGCGGCCUUGCUUUCUCGCUCGCCACGCUGCCCACGCCGCCCUCUCAGGUGCGCCAGAACUACCACCGCGACUGCGAGGCCGCUGUCAACAGCCAUUUCACCCUGGAGCUCCACGCCUCUUUCGUGUGCCUGGCCCUGGCCUUUUACCUCGACCGCGACGACGUGGCCUUGAAGCACUUCACCCGGUUCUUCCUGCACCGCUCUCACGAGCACAGCGGGCGGGCCCAGGGCCUGAUGGGUCUACAGAACCAGCGUGGGGGCCGCCUCCACUUCCAAGACAUCAGGAAGCCAGACAGUGACGAGUGGAAGAGUGGCCUCAAGGCCAUGAAGUGCGCCUUGUUCCUGGAGAAGCUCGUGAACCAGAGCCUGCUCCACCUGCACCAGCUGGCCAUUCACAUGAGCGACCCCCACCUGCGCCACUUCCUGGCAACUCACUACCUCCGCCAGCAGGUGGCGUUCAUCAGCGAGCUGGAGGGUCAUGUCACCACCCUGAGCAUGAUGGGGGCCCCGGACGUCGACCUGGCAGGGUCCCUCUUUGACAAGCUCACCCUGGGCGACAGCGACAAGAACUGA